CCUGAAGCCUCAACCUCGUAUCAACCAGAUGCGGAUGAAAAUCCGACAUUUUAUCAACCUUAUGUGGAUGAAGGUUUGGCUGAGAGAUUUCAGGAUGUUCUAAAAGUUGUCGACCAACCUCUGUAUGCUGAUUGUGAGGGAUACUCUCAGCUAUCCGCUGUUACUGAGUUCAUGAACAUAAAAGCCGAAUACAGUCUCCCUGAAACUUGCAUGAAUAGAGUCUUGCAGUCAGUAGGAGGGAUGCUAUCGCGAGAUCAUACCCUUCCUGAUUCAUAUUACCACAUGAAGCAGUUAAUGUCUAAGUUGGGGCUCCCUUGUGUUGAAAUUGAUGCGUGCCCGGAAGGAUGUAUGUUGUUCUGGAAGGAGGAUGAGGCACUUGAGUUCUGCAAGUUCUGUGGUGGAGACAGAUACAAACCUGUUCGUCAAGGUAAAAAGAAACCACGACAUAGGUCUGCACUGUCUAAACUGUAUUACCUCCCAAUAGCUCCUCGACUGCAAAGGAU